AGGACAGUAAAGUCAGAAGGGGACACUUGAGUCCCUGCAGACUUUGCCCUAGAGAGGGAGUUUUAAGAGACAUUCGAGCAAGUCCCGUUACAUGCAUCACUUCAAGGUGGACUACAGGCGCGCUCACGAGUUAUGCGCUCUUCUUAAACUUUGCCACUAAUGCACGAAGACUGACUCAAUACAUUAAAACAUAUACGACUGAAGGACACAUAUAAGAAGAUAAAGGGUUGAAGAUGGACACCUUUAAUCACAGAGUAAACACGUAUAUUGACUCCUGGAUGGGACCCAGAGAUCUUAGGGUUCGAGGAUGGCUUCUACUGGAUGACUACAUCCCCACUUUUAUCUUUACUAUUAUGUACCUUCUGAUUGUGUGGAUGGGACCAAAAUAUAUGAAGAACAGACCGCCAUAUUCCUGCAGAGCCCUGCUAGUGCUGUAUAACCUUGGACUGACGCUUCUGUCACUCUACAUGUUCUUUGAGCUUGUGAUGUCAGCGUAUCAGGGCAGGUACAACUUCCUCUGCCAAAAUACCCACAGUGGAGGCGAGGCGGACAAUAGGAUGAUAAAUGUCCUGUGGUGGUAUUACUUCUCCAAACUUAUUGAGUUUAUGGACACGUUCUUCUUCAUCUUGAGGAAGAACAGCCAUCAGAUCACCUACCUGCAUGUUUAUCAUCACGCCACCAUGCUCAACAUCUGGUGGUUUGUCUUGAACUGGGUGCCAUGUGGUCACUCGUAUUUUGGGGCAACAUUUAACAGCUUCAUUCAUGUACUGAUGUAUUCGUAUUAUGGGCUGUCUGCUGUCCCAGCCAUGAGGCCGUAUCUGUGGUGGAAAAAGUACAUCACUCAAGGGCAGCUGGUUCAGUUUGUUUUAACUAUGUUUCAAACAUCUUGUGCUGUGGUUUGGCCAUGUGGUUUCCCAAUGGGCUGGCUGUAUUUCCAGAUCACAUAUAUGAUCACACUAAUCUUGCUCUUCACAAACUUCUACAUCAAGACCUAUAAGAGGAAAGGGGGAUCUCGAAAAACAGAUUACUCAAAUGGAUCAAUAAAUGGGCACACUAAUGGGGUGACAUCUAAUGAGAAGGCUAAACACAGGAAACCACGAACAGAUUAAUGGCAGUUUCUCCUCCCGUUGUUUGCAUCUGUGUAACACAGCAACAAAAAUAAAAAGUUUAGCUUUACUUAACCAAUGUAGUAGAGCAGCUGUAAAUAUCAACUUACCAAGCUGAAACCAUUUCAUCUUUACGAGAUUCUUGCACAUCACAGCCUGUUUUUAUUCAUAUUGAAAUAAAAACAUAGGGGCAGAGAGCUAGACAACAAAUAGGGUCCAAGUAAUUUUUCAUAUAAAUAAGAAGCUAACCAUAAUGCAAUAAUUUGCAUUGGUGACUAAAAUAAACUUGUUGUUUGUAGAUUUGAAGACAUCUAUUAGUAAUAUCAUGUAUCAGAGGGAUUUUUUAAACAUAGAGAAGCAUAGCACAUUAACUGAGCAGUCAAAACACAAUAGUAGCCCUCAGAGAGAAAGAUGAUCGUAACAGGAUUAGUGAAGAGUUGUUAUUGUUUGAGUAAAACAAUGCAAAACAUAAAUGGUUUAAAUAAAGUUAUAAUAUUUUUACUCUCUUGAAUAAAAAAAUGACCCAUC